CUCUAAUGAAACCCCCCUCCAUAUCAUCAUAUCCAAGACCCCAAAAUCCGUCGCUUCGAAACGACCCGAGCGCACCGUCGACCCGGGCCCGUCAACUCCGACCCGGCUCCCCCGAUCGAUUGAUGCGCCUGGAGCGCCGCCGGGGCCCGCCGCCAUGGAGGCCGAGGUUCCGGUGACCUUCGCCUACGUCGGGCGGAACUUCGCCGCCGCCGCCCUCGACGACUCCUCCACCUCCACCACCUCCACCUCCUCCACCUCCGCCUUCAGCGACUGCGGCAGCGACAGAUCCGGCGAGUUCCCCACCGCCUCCUCCCAGGACAACCGCCGCCGCCUCCUCAUGGCCUGCGCCUCCGACGACUCCGACGACCUCAUCCGCCAGCUCGUCCGCGACCUCGACUCGUGCUGCCUCGACGAGCAGAAGCAGGCGGCCCUCGAGAUCAGGCUCCUCGCCAAGAACAAGCCCGAGAACCGCGUCCGCAUCGCCCAGGCCGGCGCGAUCAAGCCUCUGGUCGCUCUCAUCUCCUCCUCCGAUCCUCAGGUGCAAGAGUACGGCGUCACGGCGAUUCUCAACCUCUCGCUCUGCGACGAGAACAAGGAGCUGAUCGCGGCUUCGGGGGCCAUAAAGCCGCUGGUGAGGGCCCUGAGGACGGGGACGCCGACGGCGAAGGAGAACGCGGCUUGCGCGCUGCUCCGCCUCUCGCAGAUCGAGGAGAACAAGGCGGCGAUCGGGCGGUCGGGGGCGAUCCCGCUGCUGGUGAGCCUCCUGGAGACCGGGGGUUCGCGGGGGAAGAAGGACGCGUCGACGGCGCUCUACUCGCUCUGCUCCGCCAAGGAGAACAAGGUCAGGGCGGUGCAGGCCGGGGCGAUGCGGCCGCUGGUGGAGCUGAUGGCGGACCUGGGGUCGAGCAUGGUGGACAAGGCGGCGUUCGUGGUGAGCGCGCUGGUGGGGGCGGCGGAGGCGAGGGCGGCGCUGGUGGACGAGGGGGGGAUACCGGUCCUCGUGGAGAUGGUGGAGGUGGGGACGCAGCGGCAGAAGGAGAUCGCGGUGGUGGUGCUGCUGCAGCUCUGCGAGGACAGCGCCGCGUACCGGGCGAUGGUGGCUCGGGAAGGGGCGAUCCCGCCGCUCGUGGCCCUGUCGCAGUCCGGCACCAAUCGCGGAAAGCAAAAGGCGGAGACACUGAUACAGCUUCUACGGCAACCGAGAUCCGGCGACGCCGCUGCCAGAACAUCAGAGGUGUCAGUCUGAGGGCGCACCCCCACCAACCGCCACAUGCUCACUGUAUCUAAUCCUCCCCCAACCCCCAAAAAAAAAAGAAAAGAAAAGAAAAAUUAUAUGUAUAAACCCCUCCCUGCCUCCCCUGCCCCCCCCAAAAAAAAAAAAACUGUAAAUACGUGUUGAAUUUUCUUGUCUCUCUUUUUUCUUUUUGUCUUGAAUCUGGGGAAUCGAAACGGCACUGUUUUGUUUUUGCUUUUUUGUUUUGGACGGAAUGAGUGGGAUUUCUGAUGUUGCGAC